GCGUAUUGGUUUGCGAGGGAAACGUAUUGGUUUGCGAGGAAAACGUAUUGAUUUGUGAUAUUUUUGUUAAAGUUAUAAAAUAAAAACGUUGUAAAAUGAAGUGCGCAGUUGCGAAAUGUGGAAAAACGGCGGCAGAGUGCAGUUUGUUUACUUUUCCUUCAGAUCCAGAACUUAGGAAAAAGUGGAUCCAGUUCUGCCGGCAAAGCAAGGAUUUCCAAUUUAAAACUUGCUAUAUUUGCAUGCAUCACUUUGCAAGUGAAGAUUUUGAAAAUAGUCUGCAGUUCGAAAUGGGUUAUGCAAAAAGAAGAUUGUUGAAACGAGGCUCCGUGCCAUCAAUUUACAAGCCGGGUGAUGAAAACCCGGAGCGUUCGCAAAGAGUUCAUCGUCGUCAAAAUACGUCGUUAAUAUUGGGUUUCAUUGGAACGAUAUCCUUAUUUGAUGCUGUGGGCAGGCGUCACAGUUUCAGAUGCUACUUACCAUGCUAUGAGCACGCCCUUGCUCAACGAAUUGGCCCUUUUACGCUGUUUCCUGGUUAGCGCUCUUCGAUUCUCUG